AUCUCGUCCCGUGAUCGAGAGCGACGGGUGUGGGUCCGAGACGAACUGCUUGCCGUGCGAUCGCCAUCGGACGGUCAGAAGCUGUCAGGGCUCGUCACGCGAGACGAGAGUGGGCCUCGUCAUAGCGCGCGUGGUCGCCGGGGGUAUAAAUAGGGACGGCGACGAAACUCGCAACCCGAUAUCCCUUCUUGCGCUGCGCUUGUCACGGCGUAGGGAGAGAGAGAAAGAGUUCUGAGUUAUCUUCGUAGUAGAGUUAUUUGCGUGGGCGCGGGGAACCGGCAUUGCCAUUGAAGCUGUGGAUUCGGAGGAUUUACUCCUCCGCCGACUGGUAGCGGCCGGCAUUGGCUGGAUCGGUGCCGAGAUAGUUGAAAGUUGGGGAGCAGAGGAAGGAACGAGGAAUGGCGAGCUGGUUCCGGCGAUCGUGUUAGAAUGAGGUGCAAAUGCGUUGUGGUUUUCAGAAAGGAUAGUCCAAAAUGAAUGGUAACAGACAGAUUGAAGUUCAUUACAUUAACACAGGGUUUCCUUAUACAAUCCCAGAAAGUUUCAUGGACUUGUUUGAAGGCCUUUCAUAUAAUCAGGCAGAUAUGUUUCUAUCAGAAGGUUUGCAGGACCAGGGAAACUCAUAUUGGCCCAUGAUGCAUGCAAAUUUAUAUAAAUAUGGUUUUUCUGGUUCAAUUGGAAACUCAUACUAUAACUUUAGUCAGCUAUACGAGUUAAAUGAGUAUGCACCAAGAUUAGAUGGAAGGAGGGUUUGGGAAAACCCUUUGCCUUCAAGUAAUGUUGAGCUUCCGCAUCUAGUGCCUGAUGGAUCUGGUGGGGUUGAGCUUACUGCUAAUACAAACACUGAAGAACGGAUUCGAGUAAACAAUAACACAAGCAGUCCUCAGCAAUAUAUUUGGCAAGACAGUAUCGAUCCUGACAGAAUGACAUACGAGGAACUGCUAGAUCUUGGCGAAUCAGUUGGAAGUCAAAGUAGAGGUCUUUCUCAAGAGCGUAUAUCUUCACUUCCCGUCACAAAAUAUAAAUGCAGCUUCUUUUCCAGAAAGAAGAAACAGAGCGAAAGGUGUGUAAUUUGCCAGAUGAACUAUAAAAGAAGGGAUCGGCAGAUGACUCUACCAUGCAAGCAUGUCUACCACUCUGGAUGCGUUAGUAGAUGGCUUAGUAUAAACAAGGCCUGCCCAGUUUGCUUUGCCGAGGUUCCUAACGACAACAAGCCCAUGCAAUAGUUAGAACAUGGCGAAAGGUACAGACCCGUCAGGUUCUCUUAAAACAAGUUUUAGAUGGUUGCCCGCAUCAUUUGUUUUCUUAUUAUGUUUGCGCUUUUGAAGUAGUAAAAUUGGUUGUAGUUUCUUGGUGCAAGUGGGAAGGGUAGCAGCAUCUCAGUAGUCUUUAGUUGUUAGUUUGAAAUGAAACUUAAUAUGUCAUAUUUGUAGGUUUUACAGGCUUUUUUCGUCUGGGGGGGAAAGUUUAUAGAUAUAGUCCUUGUGUAAGGAUCAGGAGGAAAACGAAUCAUAUGGUUUGGAGGUGUUUUUUUA